AUGAUGGUUCUUCAGCCUAGUAUUACUGACAAGGUCCUCCCACUUUUAUUGAUUGAUGUUCGAUCCUCUGAAAAAGAUUUUAUAAUUUCUCCUCUUUCUCAAACUUCACCAAGCCACCACCCCAAAGCUUCUUCUUCUUCUUCUCAUGGAUUAACUAUUUCAGAAAUGAGUAAUAUUUUGUCGUCCCAAAUUGAGAGCGAAAUACCACGACCAAAGCAUGCUUCAUCCUCCUCUGAACAGCUUCAUAACAGUUAUGUAAAUUUGUCCAUCCCAUCUGACUCUUCAGAUGUAAAUAAUAAUGCAGGUUUCCUUCCCACCACAUCAACCACAACUCGCCCAAGAACGUUAAGUAAUUCAUCUGCAGUGCCCAUGUUAAAUUUGCAUUCCAUGCACGGCGUUAAUAGUCACAGCCAAGAGAGUUUAGCAAGCCCGAAAACUCUUCAUCAAUUAAGCCCUAGAUCUUCCUCUCUAGGACUUUCUCAACACAUCCAAUGGUCAAUUCAUUUUUAUUUACCAGAUUACAUUAUUGAACAUAUUCCUGUGGAUGAAGUGAACAAAGACAACGUGUUGAGUAUUAUUCACAUGAUAGAAUCAACCAAUACAUGUAUCGAUAAGGAACUAUACAGAACAAGAUUUGCAUGGAGAAAAAUGUCGAAUGUUGUAGUUAUUGGAGGCUCUGCAAGAGACGAAACGCGUGUCAAAUGGCUAUUGCGAGUUUUACAAUUAGAAGGAAAAUCGUACAAUCUGUAUACAUUACACAGCCCUUUAAAUUAUGGCCACUUUGAGGCAAAAUAUCCAUUUUCAAUUACCUCAUUCGAUUUUGUAGAGUUUUUGUUACCAAGUCACAUUUAUAAGAAUAUUUAUUUAUCCGGUUAUAGAGUAAUUUCACAAGAGCGAGCAAUCGAAGUUUUAUUGCCAAGGAGAAUUGUCAUUAGAAACAUUUUAAACUGUGCAAAAGAGUGCAAGUGUGUCAUUCCUGAUAAGCUCAUUUGCAACCCCAAUGACCCGUUAGAAAAAUCACCACAAAAGUUUUCAUAUUUACAUAUUAGACUAGAUGAUCAUGAUCCUGUGUUUUGUUAUUUUACAGCUGAGCAAAUGAAAGAGAGCGUCAUGUUCAUCAAUAGAGCAGUUAAAAACAAUGAGAAUAUUUUAGUUCAUUGUCAAGAAGGCAGAAGUCGCUCCGUGACAGUGAUUACACUAUUUCUCAUGAUAUGUGUUGGAUGGAGAGUUAAUCAUACACUCGAUUUUAUCAAAACUCACAGACCAAACAUGAGUGUACAUUCUACCUAUGUGAGGCAAUUACGAGCCAUUGAAGAAUACUUAUUGGACAAGAUUGAGAAAAUCAAAUACGACAACAGUGAUGAAUCCAUUUUUGAUAUUGAGGGAAUUGUAAAAGUCGAAAGUGGACAACACAUUAGUGAAAGUGACAGUGAGCAACCGACAUUACCGACUGGUCCAACCUUGAAAUCACAAAGUUCCAUGAGUUCAAUGCUUGAAUAUUCUUCCACCGAUGAUUCGACAAAUCCAAAUCAUUCCAAUCUUUCAUCUCCUGGAGGAGGAAAUCGAAAAUCCAGUCGAAAACUGUGUGAAAAGUUGAAUGUGACUCUCCUUUACGCUCGAUUGAGUAAAUCCACCUCCACUCCACAACAGCAACAGGAUUCUCCCACCACAGUCAUGGAGUCUCCAGAAUUUUGCUCCGAUGAAGAACUCCUCGAACAAUUACUCGAUGAAAUUGGAGAGAAUGUUGUGAAUCCAUUCAUUAAGGAUUUAUUAGAGACAUCUUCGACUGUCGUCACAACCAGCGCUACCACCAUCUCUCCUUCAAAGAAUUCAUCACAGCAAUAA